AUGGCAGAGAAAGAGCAAACGUCGGAACCACCGCCGUCUAUACACAUGUCUUCCAAAAAACACAGGGCUGAGAAAGAGCAAUCGUCGCCGUGUGUGAUGACAUCACUUCCCGAAGACGUCAUCAUUGACAUAUUAGCGCGUGUACCAAGAUGCAACUAUCCAAAACUCUCCCUCGUUUCAAAACACUUCCGGUCUCUCGUUGCGUCCCGUGAGAUAUACGCGAGACGAUCCUUAUUGGGAUGCACCGAACACUGUCUCUACGUUGUCCUCUCUAACGCGGAAAGUGGUGAUCACGAACUGUAUAUCCUCCGCCGGAAAGCCAACGGAAAGCAAGGCUUGUUCCUUAUCAACUCACUGCCCUCUAAGCCUCGAUCUGGUAGCUACGUCGCGAUGGGCUCGAAAAUAUAUGUGUUCAACAAUAUGACAUCAUUAAGCAUCGACUGUAUAUCUCACACAGCGCAACCCCUCCCGAGCAUGCCUGUGCUCAUGGAUGUUACGUACGCUGACUCGAUCGACGGGAGAAUCUACGUGAUUGGGUAUAUUCGGGAUUUGGACUCGAAGAAGGAGGUGAUGGUUGUGUUCAAUACAGAAACACAAACAUGGGAGCCUGAGACGAUAAAGAUUGACAUGGUGGCGUGUGAAUGUGUGGUGAUGGGUGGUAAGAUGUACUUUAGGGAUAAUGAGAAUUGCGUUGUUUACGAGCCAAAGGGAAGAAAAUGGGAAACGGGCGAGAUGUUGAAUGCUAAAGAGUGGGAGAAUGCUUGUGUAGUUGAUGAUGUUUUGUACUAUUACGAUGACGAGAAGAACAAGUUAAGAGCGUAUGACUCAGAGAAGAAGUGUUGGGGAGUGGUGAAGGGUGUCGAGGAUUUUUUGACUAUGGGGAGAGAGUCCGGGUGGUGGAAGACUGCUAGUUACGGUGGGAAACUUUUUUGGUUCCAUGAUGAAGAUAGUUACGUUGGAGCGACUAUUUUUGCGGAGAUUUCCUUGGAAAGAAACCAAAAAAGGAAGAUUCGGGGUAAAGUUGAGUGGUGGCAUGCGGUUGAGGUUGCUAUGUAUGUUCAUGUUAUAAAUUCUCUAGCUGUUAUUGUUUGA